GUGGUUUUAGUAUACAGAAUCUGUCACAUGUAUCUGACGUGAUCACAUGAUCACGUCCGAAAUUGAUCGACGGGAGUGUCUUUCGAAUUUCAUUAUUUUUGCGCGUAAUGAUGCUUCCACAAUUAUCGCUGCUCUUCGCCAUCCUUGCCGCAGCCCAUGCCAGCGGCGAAUUUGUCAUUCUUCAUUCACCUGACAGCGUAGAAUUUACUGUAAAUGGAGAGAUUGAGCAAAGCAGCCUUAAGGAGAUCUUGUCAGAAGCUCUUGGUUAUACUGCAAAGCAAAAGGAUUCGGAACAUAGCAUUGCCAUAUGGGAUCCAUUUUCAAUGCCCAGGGCAUUAGUUGCUAUAUCGGUUGACGGAGUGGAGCAACUGCCUUUUCCAAAAGACAACACUAAAGUCGCAUAUUCUCUGAUCGUUGAUGAAGGAGAAGAGACCACUUGGCAGGCGAUUAGAAGUAGAGUGGAGGAACGAAGCAAUGACAACACAUUGGUCAGGAUUAAUUUGAGUGAUGGAGUUGAUGCUCUCGGCCAGUCAGCUCUCGGCGAGCUUAAGCCUGCUAACAUGGAGAAGUUGAAGACUCUGAAUUCAGAGAUUGAGGAGGAUAGCAAGUUCGUCGAGGAGAUACAGCUUCUCCACGCUAUCGCUGACAAUGCAUUCUCUGCGAAGAAGCACGAUUCUGGCACGGAUGUUUAUUGGCUGGUGGUGUCGGCACUCAAACCAGUCUUGGAUCUGCACGGAAACACUUCUGCAGCUGCUAAGGAGGCGUGUACGCUGUUAAAUGACGCAAUGGAACAUGUUUAUAAAGCCUUUGUAAACACUUAUGAUGGCAAGGUAUACAAACUUAUUCUUUAUUUUAUCUGCAAAUGACAUAGUUUACAUCGG